CACAAUGCAACGCUGUCAUCGUCUGAGCCAGCAGGCGAGGCGGAGAACAACGGAACAGCUACGUAAAUCCAAACAAAUCGGGUGAAUAGUGUACAGUUAUUGAAAUUAGGGACUUUAUGGUAAUUUUUUAAAAAUUAAAAGGUAGUUUUGGACUAGCCGGGUUAGCUGGCUCUGACUGCCGGUGGGGGGGAAAGCUGUGAGAAAAGUCGCUGGCAACAUCAGACAGCCGCCCCAGACCCAGACAAAGGGGGAAAAGAAGAUCCUUAAAAGUUAACAACCGGACCUAUGUUACUGAUAUGACCUGCUGAGUUGCGUAGAAUAAGAUAGUCAGCAGUUCCUUUGUUGAGAAUAGCUAACUUAGUGUAGUCGUUUCGCCUCAGGCUAACAUCUGUAAAUACUGGAUUUGGGUAGCAUCAGCUAACAGCUAAACAAUGAGCUCUGAAGAGACUGCAGCGUCCACUAAACCCACUCCCGAUGAUGAUGGCAUGACCUGGUGGUACCGAUGGCUCUGCAAAAUAGCCGGGGUGUUAGGAGGAAUUUCUUGUGCCGUCGCAGGAGUGUGGAACUGCGUCACCGUGAACCCUUUAAAUAUCGCUGCAGGAGUUUGGAUGGUGUCGAACGCCUUCGUGCUGUUUCUCUGUGAAGUCCCGUUCUGUUGCCAGUUCAUAGAGUUCGCUAAUGCAGUCGCAGCCCGUGCAGACAAAUUCAAACCCUGGCAGAAAGCCUUCUUCUACUGCGGGAUGGCUCUGUUUCCUGUUUUCUUGAGUUUCUCCUUUACAACCUUGUUUGGAAAUGCCAUCGCCUUUGCUACGGGAGUUCUGUACGGCCUCGCGUCUUUGGGCAAAAAGGGAGACGCAGUGACCUACGCCAGACUUCAACACCAGAAACAGGGGGAUGAAGAGAGGAUGACGGGAACGACAAACGGGGCUCCAGAGUGAAGCACCUGCCUUUUUAAACCCUCCUCUUUAUGUCUUUUCCCUCCAUCCAUUCUACCUCUUCCUCCAUGCUCCCCCCCCCCUCCGUCACUACAAAAACAAUGGUACUGAGUGAAUUAAUGUACUUACACUGCUGCAUUCUUGUUGUCCUGACCUACUGGUAACCAAACAGGUUGAUGUUGGAUUCAGUCCUUUAUUAGAAACCUGGCAUGUAAAGCAGAUUGUUACCACUUAGCAUUGAUUGUAAGUUUUUUUUUUUUUUUUUUUUUUAUGUUUUAAAUCUUGUUCUUGUAUUUAUUAUUUGCCCCUUAGUUGCUGCCAGGGAAAAAUGUGAGGUACUUAUUUUACACCCAAGAGCCUUUGAGGAAUUCUGAACAGAAAUUAAUGUGAUUGUAAAAUGUAAAUAACUGACUUCAGGUAACUCAGUGUGAAAAGAGCUGACUAAAUUAGAGGAUGCAGUGUGUAGCAUUGAGGUUUAUUUAAUAAUUAACACUGCAACGUUUCAUGUAAGAUCUUUUCACCAGCUAGGAAUGUAUAAAUAUUUCAAAGAGGAUGAAAAAAAAGGUAAAUUUUUGCAGUUAAAGUAAACAAAAGUAGCAGUUAAAACUAGUGCUGCAAAAGAAAGUAUAUCUGAGCUUUUCAGUUCAGUCAUUAGACAGUUAGACAAAGCACGAUAUUUAAGGACAUAAAAAGGCCAGUGUGUAAUUACGGUACGGUAUUUGUUUUAUUGUGAUAAAUUGAUCCUUUUGAAUUGUUCUGAAGAAGGCUAGAUACAUCUUUAAUUGUGGGGAAAUGCCUGACUUUAAAAAAAAAGUAUUCAAACUGACAAUUACAGCACAAAUCUGUAAAUAACUGAAAGUGUUUCCUCGAUUUUUUUCCCCUUUACUCGAGUCUUAUGAGUAUCUGCAUGCUAGCAGGCUUCAUGAGUUUAAUAUGAUUGGUCUUGUGGUUGUUUUGUACAAGGGUUAGUUUAGGGGGAGAACAUAAUGUUUAAAAUCUGCCGUUAGUCAUUGGAGAAGUGUAGUUGUUUGAUUUCUUAAAACAAAAGAAAAGAAAAAGGGAUUUUAGUACUGAGGUUUUAAACCUGCUGUGUGCACACGAAUCGGAAUUUAAGCCUGAAAUGAUUUUAAAAAAGGCAUUAUUGUGGUUUUUUUUUAUUUCAACAUUUGGGGAUGUAUCCUCAAAACCCAAAGAUAAAGACAGUUUAACUUUGCUUUGUUUUUUUUGCUUUAAUUCAUUUGUAUUUUCCAGUUUGUUUAAGCUCAGGCAUGUGUGCACUAAACUCUUAGUAGCAUCAUUUGAGGGGAAAAUAUUGAAAGCUUUUCAGCACAUGACGCAGCUUGUUUUCACAUGUUUCUCUCAGAUCAAAUAGCCAGUAGCCAAGUUACGAGUUUGUGUUACGUGAUCUAAUGCAAAUUUUCCUUUCUGUUUACAUGUGAAACCUUUUUUUUCUUUUUUUCUUGUUCCUGAAAAUCUGCUUUAUCCGAAACGAGUCUUAAUUAGUACUCUCUACCAAAACCCAUUCAAAUGUAAAGAGGAGGAAGUGUGUCGCUUCAGGGACUAAUCGGUCUGUUUCCCUAUCAAUCAACAGAGCCAUGGUUUGCCUUUUAAGUCAAACGAGGUAUGCAGUGGUCUCAAAUGUACCAUUUGUGUUGUUUAGUUGCCUUGCCUCUGUUGUGUUGUUGUGAAAAAAAAAAGGAUGCUUUUUGGAAUAACUGUGUACACGUACCUCUUACAGCUGUUUCCGUCUCUCAUCAGUGACUGACAGAACCAUUCUGACAUUACACACAGCUCUCAGGUAUCACACAACAAUGCAUAUAAACAAAGUUGUUUAUGUUUAGAUCAUAUAUAAAUAACUCUCGUUUGAGAUGAUGGGAAAGCAUUUCUUAUGCUUCCCUUUUUUCAACGUGCACAACCAGCGUUCACUAGCGAAACACUACACACACACACACCAGCGGUACGCCACAGUCGGACACUACACACUCUUACACUACAGUUUAGAUGAGAUGUUCAAAUAAACACUAAUCUCCUUGUGCACGACCACCCAUCCAUUUUCUUCUUUGAAGAGUGCAUAUUUGGCUGUAAGGGAUAUGUGUAUAAUGUAUGAUGUGAUGUGAAUCCUGACCCUGUCGUCAGUUUGUGAAUUAAACAAACUUGCUACUA